UUCAAAUCAAAAUUUAAGAAAAUGUGAAGAAAAUAGAAAUUAAGCUUUCCGUUCGCCACUCUCCUCUCUAAUGUUUAAACUCUGAACCCCUGAAACACUUCUAACCUAACCGUCUUCACCGUCCGCCACCGCGCUAUUAGUUAAUCACUGACGUUCACAAUCUAUCGUAAGAGGUCUCCACAAUAAGAAUCUGAUGGCGCGGCCACCGUACGAAUACGACCCCUAUUACCUUCAACCUGACCAAGACCGUAACUUGAUCAACACGCUCUUCGUUUCUGGACUCCCCGACGACGUCAAGGCGCGUGAGAUUCACAACCUGUUUCGACGACGCGCAGGUUUCGACUAUUGCCAGCUCAAGUAUACUGGCCGUGGCAACCAGGUUGUUGCAUUUGCUACCUUUCUCAAUCAUCAAUCUGCAAUCGCAGCAAUGCAUGCAUUAAAUGGGGUAAAGUUUGAUCCUCAAGCGGGAUCUGUAUUGCAUAUUGAACUAGCCAGAUCAAACUCAAGGAGAAAACGUAAACCAGGUAGUGGUCCAUAUGUUGUUAUUGAUAAUAGAAUCAAGGCCUCAGCUAAUACCCAGGAAACAUCAAGUGAUGAUGGAGACAGUGACACUGAAGAACCAUCUGGAGCUGAGGAUGCUGAUGCUUCAAACAAGGAUGAACUGAAAACCGUAAAGAGUGAUACAGUACAGGAUCCAGAAAACUCUGUACCAGCUGCAAAUGAACAGUUGGAAAGGACUAUUGAUGAAGGUGCUCAAGCUUGCUCUACUUUAUUCAUAGCAAAUCUAGGUCCAAAUUGCACUGAAUAUGAACUGAAGCAAGUUCUAUCCAAGUAUCCUGGAUUCAAUAUGCUCAAGAUUCGGGCUAAAGGAGGAAUGCCAGUUGCAUUUGCUGAUUUUGAGCAAGUAGAACAAGCAACGAAAGUGAUGACGGAUCUUCAGAGCAGCCUUUUGCCUUCAUCAGACCGAGGCGGCAUGCACAUAGAGUAUGCAAGGUCCAAGAUGAGGAAGCCCUAGGAAAAAGGUAAUGGAGCUGGCUAUCUGCAAAAAAUGGUCCCACCAGUUGUAUUUUAGAAGCAGUCUCGUGUCCCUAUUUGGAGGACGAGUAAUUUUCCGACAAUGUAAAGGCCACAGAAAAUAAUAGUAAUGUAAUGCUAACUUACUAUUACCCUCAUUUAAUUCUGAUGUCUCAGGUCGUUUUCACGUUUCAUCUUAAUCCUAAAUUGUGUCAUGAACUCUGCCAAAAAAAUGCAGAAUUCAGUGCAUUCGUGGACAGGUAAAACCUGUUCACUUUUUUUUUCA